AUGCUGACCACGACCGGCUCCGGACCGGCGCACGACUCGAGCGUGGUGAUGUUGUUGAUGAUGCUGAUGAGGUCAGGCGUCUUGGAGGCCCGAGCCAGUGGUUGUCAAGCGGCCCUUGUCGGCCUCCUCUUGUCGUUGGCCGUGUUGCCGUCCGGAGUGGAAUUGCACCGGCUCCAGAUGCCCAGUCUAGGGUUGGGUGGAGCUAAUUUGACCGUCAAGUGGACUACUUCACCGGCACACUGGAGCCUAAUCGACAGAGAAAAGGAUUUCAUUCGUUCGGCCUCGUUGCCUCGGCGACCCGAAGACCAUGGUAACGGGGAUGACGAGGAUAAGCAAAGGUUCAUCAACAAAAGUGAUCAGAUGCAAGGCCAGUUGAGUGGAGAGGAGACAGACAUAGUUAUGGAAGAUCCUCGGGACCCUUAUUCUGGAGAUCCUAGAUAUCAGAACAGAACCGGUAAGAAUUUGGAGUGA